UUUGUCACAAAUAUUAUAGGUGAGGAUGAUAACAUUAAGAAAAAAAUGGCAGAUGCGAUAAUACGAAAGUUGUAUAAUUUAACAACUAAUAACAUAUUCGCCAAUGGCACAGUAGAAGAAAGAAAUAAUGCAUGGAACAUUUUUGAGGAUAGGCUGAAAGCAGUGUCACAAAAAAGAUAUGGCCCUGAUACAGGCAAAUAUAUUGAUUUGAUUAUGCACGGCAUAAAGGCAAUGUCAUCAAACGUUUCGCCACGUUUGGUAGGUGAGCCGCAUGUAAUGCGAAAAAAUGUUAAUACUGAUAAAAACAAUGGUUUUAAGCUACAUGAAGGCUAUAGCGAUAAUACUGUUGAUGAAAUUGUUAAUGCUGCUAACUUUGAAAAUAAAAAGGAAUCUGUUAGAAGCGUAGCGUUAAAGCUAAAGAACAUAGUGGACAGUUAUAACGAUAAAACUGACGAUCAAACUAUUCAUGUUUCUAAUACUGAAAAUAAACAAGCUGUUGUUAAAAAAAUAACGAAUAAGCUAAAGACCUUAGCGGAAGGUUUAUACGAUAAAAAUUUUGACCAAAAACAUAUAAUCGAAUCUAUAAAACAAAAAGUAAUGAAUAUGAUAUUAAAGAAACAUCCUGCUAGUAAAGGUCAAAGAAAUGUAAAAGAAUUGGGUCGCCGUCUAUCUAAUGUUAUAGAAAUGGUAGUUCAUACCGUCAUAUCGAAUUUCAGUAAAGUACAGGAUAACGGGCUAAGAUAUGAUAAAUCGGAGGCAGAAUCUUAUUUGAAUAAAGUAAAUGAGGAAAAAGCAAAAGAUCGAGAUUUGUCCGUAAUGGUAAUGCGCGAUGGAAAUAGUUUUAUUACAGAUAUCCCUUUUUAUGACGAUUUCAAAGGAGUUACAAGUACAGUCAACUGCGAUGCACUGACGGAUAAAGUUUGCACAGCUUUGAAAUUCACGAAUAAAUUGCUUUGUCCAUUGGAUGGUAAAAAAAUAUCUAUAGAACGGCUUUGUGAUGGGGUAAACGAUUGUGUUGAUCGACAUGAUGAACGAAAUUGCAUUCGACAAGCUAUCGACAAAAUAAAAGAUGCAAGGAGAUUAAUAUCACACGUGGAAGAAUCUGUUAUUAAGAACUGUGCGAACACGCAUGUCGACAACACAUUACUAAGCAAGCAGAGUGAUAUCUUGGGCGCAGUAUUGCAAUCAGAACUUAAUUUUUUGAAAAGACAUGCGGGAAACAAUAGUGAUGAUAAUUUUGGAGCUCCUGAAGUGGUUAAAAAGACUGUCAAUGAAGUUGCGAUGGUUUUGAGUUCGCUCUCUACUGGUUUAGAAGGGUCCUUAUGUCCUCGUUACUAUGGUCAGGAUGAAGAAGAUGUCGCCGUUGAUCAGAAAAAUGUUUUAUCUCUAACUGGUGGUGAUAAAAAUGAUCCAUUCGAAGAUCUUAACCCACAGAGCACGCCGGCACGAUCGACUUUGGCAAAUAAGUGUGUAUGCGAUAAAGGUUUUUGUUCUGACAUUAACUGUAGCCAAAUGUGUCACCUUGUAUGUUGGCAAAAACAUAGUCUUGGUCAUUGGGGGUGCGUAUCGGUAGACGGAAGCACAACUGUAUCGCUGAAUGUGUUGUGUGAUGGUAAAACUGAUUGCUAUGAUCACAGUGACGAAGAAGAUUGCUCCGUAGGUGAUUUAUCAAGAUUUCAAGCUAUCACCAUUUACGACGAUGUCCUCACAGACUUGGCGUUGAAAGCUCAAGCUGCUGACAUGAAAUUUAUCCGUAACAACCUACUAUCAUUGCGCGCCAGCGUUUCUUAUUUACAAAAAGUCACCACUCAGGCCAGACCGCAACUGGAACAUGUAAAAACUGUCCGAGAUUUGUGUUUUUCGACGCUAAUUUCUACAUACAACAAGGUUUUAAGCAAAGGCAAUAUUCAGAGUUUGGAUGAUAUACAUCAUUAUUUGUUAACAUUAAAUCAGAAAUUGAUUUCGGCGUUGAAGCGCUCUCAUACUGGCAAUGACAAGAUUGUAACUUUGGAAGGGUGUUAUUGCAGUAAGAACCGUUGCACUUUGGCGAAGUGUUCCAAGCAGUGCGAACGAGCAUGUGCUGUAGAAUCGCGGUUAAUCAAAUACAGUUGUGACGGAACUUCCAAGAGCGCCGUCUUCGUGCCUUCUAACGCACUCUGCAAUGGAAAGGAGAAUUGUCCAAGAGGCGAAGAUGAAGUAGACUGCAAGAAAGAAUCUUGUCGAGCCCACCAUCUGGUUGUUUUACGACAUGACCUUAACAGAGUUGGUGAUAAGGAAAGAGGAACAGCUUUGGGAGCAGUUUUGGAUGCUUGGAAAACGAAGAUGGAAACCACAUUGCGUGUAGCGGAAGGCAGUGGUCGUCCGACAUUGUCGAUGGUUAGAGAAGUCAUAGACUCCUUGACCCGAGACUUGGUAGCUACUUAUUCUGCAAUACAAAGCAAUAAAAAUGAGAACGUGGUUUUCAAGACGUUCUUCGAUCUGUCGCAGCGUGUGUUAAGAGUAUUAAAGACUUGUCAGUAAAUUUCGGGACUUUUAUUUUGCUGAGGGUUUAAAUAUCACAAUAAUCCAGCUCGACAGACGACGGAGUAGAAUGUAGGUAUAAGGGCGUGGUCGGAUCUUUAACCAUUAUAUUUUAGAUAUAAUGAACUUUCUUCUAGAUAUGGGUAUAAAGAACCUAUCGUGUAUACCUACCUAUGCAAUCUUAAAUUUUACCAACUAUGAGAUACAAGUACACUACAGGAG